AUGGCGAAGAUAUUCCCAGCAGACAGUCCGUUGUGCAAUCUCUUUAGCACUGCGCCAAAGAAGCCGACCCAAAAUGUCUUCGCAUCGCCAGAAUCGCCUCCCCAAACGACCACGGACUAUCCCCAGCCCUGUGUCAGUCCCUACGCAAGCCCUGUCAAUCACAUCACAAUCGGCCGCACCACCUACGCCGUCCCCGAAUACUACGUCCUCAAAAUCCCGAACUUGAAGUUCGCCUACAUGAAGGAAUUCGCCCUCGAAGAAAUGUACGCCGACAUUGGACAUACCUUCAUCCACUAUCUCUACACUGGCGAGUAUCAAACUCUCGCCGCGUCUCCCAGCGUCCCUCCCUCCAAAUCCCGAGCUUGGGAAUUCAAACGCAGCGUGUACGCCUUCCACAUGGCUCAGCGACACCAGAUCCAGGGCCUGUUGGACCACGCAAAGCGCUAUAUGCAUACCUUUGUUGACUCUUUGUCAACACUGGAACUACUCAAGAUUGCCCGAGAGGUUUAUGCUACUAUGUUCACUGGUAGAAAGUGGUUUGAGGAUUUCGUGCAUGAUCAACUUGCUGCAGCAUUCAAAGCUGGUGAAGAACAAUUCAGAAAUGAUAUAUUGAAGUACGGCGUGGGAAGCGAUGCAAAGUUUGAUCAGUUCAUCUUGGAACUCGUCAUGAAAAUCUACUCCGGGAGCAUUGCCAACUUGACCAAGGCGGCUGCCAACGGGUCAGCAUCCGGCCAUGAUACCCCUGCGUCCGACGAGGAUGCUUCUACUGAUCAAACGACUGUCGUGGCUGAAGAAAAUGAGGUCAAGAGCGAUCCUGAAGCUAGCUUGAAUGGUUCGGAUGACAGUGUCAAGGAUUCCAAACCCGCCGACACUGUGCCAGAAGAACUGGAUGAUAAUUCCAAGUCUCCAUCUCCCGCUCCAGCUUUACCUCUUCCAUUCACCUUCCGGUCGCCGCAGCCAGUGAGGCAUCAAAGCUUUACACCGGAACCAGCUUCACCCAAGACACAGCUAAAGUCAGAGCUGGAGCCCAAGCCAAAGGAGCCUUCAAAGCCUGCGACAUCUCCAAAGCCUGUUCCGGAAACAACGGCCCAUCCGGAGAAGCUGACGCAGCCUGAGAAAGCGACACAGCCAGAGAAAGCGCGACAGCCAGAGAAAGUCCCAUUCGACAAGCCAGAGCCGAGUCCCAAAUUCAACCCACGAAGCGGAGCGCAGACACCAGAGAGUGCUCCCGGCGAUAACAAUUCCAGCCCCCGCAAGAAGUCAAAAAAGAAGAGAGGAGGGAAGAACAAGAAUGGAAACUCGAAUGGACCAUCGUCUGGUAAUUUGAACACACCAUUGUCUAAAAAGCCGAAUGCACCAUCGAACCCAGUUAAUGGUACACCUAAGAAGUGGGAACCGAAGACGACACCAGAAUCAAUUUCGUUCAUUUAG